AUGGCUAUCGCCGCUGUCCUGGCAUCACUACAAGGCAGCGUGAUUGAGUAUCCCCACCACUCGCUAGCCGCCGCAGCCCUCCUCGUCCCUAUUCUCUAUGUCAUUCUGAAUGAGUUCAUUCGUGAUUCCGCCCGCGUCAAGGGUAUGAAGGGUCCGCGCGGAUUGCCCUUGGUUGGAAAUCUGGCACAGAUUCGCACAGAUGCCGCGGAAAGGUAUCGCCUGUGGUCGAAAAAGUACGGCGCCGUUUAUCAGAUCCAGCUGGGGAACAUCCCAGUCAUCGUGGUCAACUCUGCUGCAUCGGCAAAGGUGCUUUUCAGUCAGAAUGCGCAGGCCUUGAGCUCCAGGCCUGAGACUUAUACUUUUCAUAAGAUUGUUUCCAAUACGGCUGGAACGACAAUCGGUACCUCACCCUACAGUGAUUCCUUGAAGAGACGCAGAAAGGGCGCCGCGUCGGCUCUCAACCGCCCCUCUGUCGACACGUACGUGUCGCACCUGGAUGUCGAGUCAAAGGCCUUUGUGGAAGAGCUGCACAGAUAUGGAAACCAUGGGAAGACACCCGUCGACCCCAUGCCAAUGAUCCAACGUCUGAGCUUGAGUUUGGCGUUGACUCUGAACUGGGGCGUGCGUAUUGCCUCACAGGAAGAGGACUUGUUCGAUGAAAUCACCGAGGUGGAAGAAGAGAUUAGUCGGUUCCGAAGCACCACCGGAAACCUACAGGAUUAUAUCCCUCUGCUGCGGUUGAACCCGUUUAGCUCCAACUCGAAGAAAGCUGCCCAGAUGAGAAUCCGUCGUGAUAAGUAUCUCGAUGCGCUUAACAGUGACUUGGAUGAUCGCAUGGCAAAGGGGACACAUAAGCCUUGUAUCCAGGCCAACGUUAUCAUGGAUAAGGAGGCUAAGCUGAAUAGUGAGGAGUUGACAUCGAUUAGUCUGACUAUGCUUUCUGGUGGUCUUGAUACCGUCACCACUUUGGUUGCAUGGAGUCUGGGUUUGCUGGCCCAGCGUCCUGAUAUCCAGGAUCGGGCGGCCAAGGCCAUCCAGGAGAUGUAUGGCGAGGAUGAGCCCAUGUGCUCUUCUGAUGAUGAUCAGAAGUGUGCGUAUAUUGCAGCUCUGGUCAAAGAAUGUCUUCGAUUCUUCACCGUGCUGCGAUUAGCGCUUCCUCGCACCUCGAUCAAGGAUAUCACCUAUCAGGGAAUCACCAUUCCCAAGGGUACAGUGUUCUUUUUGAAUGCCUGGGCAUGCAACAUGGACCCCGAGGUGUGGACUGACCCGGAUGAGUUCCGUCCCGAACGCUGGCUCGAGCAGUCCGAUGCGCCUCUCUUUACAUACGGUAUGGGCUACCGAAUGUGCGCCGGCUCGCUGCUAGCCAAUCGUGAGCUCUACCUCGUCUUCAUCCGCACCCUCAACAGCUUCCGCCUUGAACCUCAUGACAAAACAGUCUGCCACCCUCUCCGGGAUAACUCGGAUCCGACCAGUUUGGUGGCCAUCCCUCAAAAAUAUAAGGUCCGAUUUGUGCCGAAGAAUGAAAAGGCUCUGUCGAAGGUCCUUGCGCAGUGA